GUCUAGUUUCGCGCUCUGAUCUGAAACGAUAUUUUGUUCCUGAAAUAAUAUUCUCCUGUGCAGUACCUCCUUCUUCAUACAAAACGCGCCUCGCAACGCUGUUUCGCCCCAUCCCCCCAAAAAUUACUCAUCACACAAAAGCCACCUCAGCCCGCUUGUGAGCGCCUCACCGCAUAAGCUUCACUUUCCUAUUCAAAAAGCAGGCAAAUGUCACCAAAAGGCCCCCUAAAUUAGGAGUUCGAACCUGCAGCGUGGGUACCCACGUUUAACGUUUGUACUGUACGAACCCGUCGUCCUUGCCUCUUCCCCUGUUCUCAUAAAACACCUCGGAAAGAAAAAAGGCUCGUGCUACUGGUUUUGACCCAGUUUAGCCCAGGUUGCCCCACAUUCAUUGAAGCCCAAAUGUGACAGUAUCCCCUCAGAGUAACCCACUGCCAUCUCUUGAGCACCCAAAAAACCCAAUCACUUUCCUCCCACCUUCCCUUCACAGGGACAGCAGCCUUUUCUCAAUUGUCUUCAUCAUCAUCCCUGUGGUGAUUUAUUAUUAAUUUUGGGGCUCACCAAGUUAAAGAACACAACAUUGGCAAAAUGUUCUACAUGCAGCUGCUUAUGAAUAAGCGUGGGCCUUUGGCCAAGAUAUGGUUGGCUGCUCACUGGGAUAAGAAAGUCACAAAAGCUCAUAUAUUUGAAUGCAAUUUAGAGAGUACUAUUGAAAAGAUGCUCUCCCCAAAGUUUAAAAUUGCUCUGCGAACCUCAGGACACCUGUUGCUAGGAGUGGUGCGAAUCUAUCACAGAAAAGUGAAGUACCUUUUGGCAGACUGCAAUGAAGCUCUUCUUAAAAUGCAGUCAGCCUUUCGUCCAGGGCUUGUUGAUCUCCCAAAAGGGAACUCUGAAGCGAAUUAUGAUGCCAUCACAUUGCCUGAAGAAUUUCAUGAUUUUGACACACAACUCCCUGAGGUGAAUGCCAUUGAUGUUGCCCAGCAUUUUACAUUGAACCAGAGCAGAGCUGAGGACAUCACAUUGAUAGAAGAGGAUUAUAGACAGGAUCUACUUCUCUAUGGUGACAGUUUUGGUGAGGAAAUUGAAAUGCCAAGGCAGCAUAGGUUCUUCAAUGACAGCUUAUUGGGUAGUUCUAGUGGCCUCUUGGCUGAUUACAGUUCUCUGAAUUUCAAUGGAGACAAAAGUGCACUGGAUGAAGAUACACAAGUAUUUAAACAUGAUGGGUUUGGAGAUGAAGGAGUUGCAGGAGAUAUGAUUGAUGAUGUGCUUGGAGCUGAGCAGAACAGCCUCAUUACAGACUUUGACAUGGAGGGAGAAAUUCCUUUAUUCCAAGAGCUUCCGGUUGAUGAUACAGUAGACCAUCAAAGUUCGAAACAGGAAGCAAAACUUCACCAAAUUAAUGAAACCACAUUAUUGUUCAAUGAAGAAGACAGAUUUGUACUUGAACCAAUUGAUACAGUCCUCACAAGGAAGCGAAGAGGGAAAAAGAAAAGGAAGUUAGUUGUUGACGCUGUGAAGGAGCUAUGCAGAACUACUAUGCAAAACCAACUUCUUGCCUAUGAAGACACUUUGACCACAUUAGAUAUCGCACCCCCCACAAGAAAGCUGAUGAUUUUGCAGGAGUUGGGUGGUGUGGAUAAACUUCUGAGCAGACCUACCCAGCCGUUAAUUAAUGAAGAUUUGGGAAAGCUCUUUGCCAGAAGUCUCUGGAAUGGAAGAAAAAAGUUGCAAGAAGUUGUAGUAGAAGAAAGAAGCAAAGAACAAGCUGUCCAAGGAGGUCAAAACAUUCUGCAGGAUGCAGCUUAUCGAGAAACUCAGCCUGUGUUGCAAAACGGCAGAGAAGAAAGGGAUAGUACAGUAAUUCUUGAAGCUACAGAAACCAUCGAUGGAGCGUCUGCUAUGUCCGAUGGUUCUUUCCUAGAGGCCUCUGUGAGACUAGAGUUUGAGAGUAAGCAGCCUGCAGAGGAAAAGGCACUUCAAGGGAGUGAUCAAGAUAAUGAAGAAAAAAGGAGGAGUAAGAAAGCCAUGGAGUUGUUAAAUACCUUCCAGCACAUUAACCAGACAGGGGCAAAGUCUUUCAGUUUUCUGGCCCUCUGUGUGAACAAGAACAAGAAAGACGUUGUAGCCAAAUUCUACAGCUUGCUUGUCCUAAAGAAACAACAAGCUGUUGAGGUGGCUCAGGCUGCUCCCUAUGCUGACAUCAUAGUGACGGCGGGUCCAGAGUUCCGUAACCCCUGAAGUUAAAAUGGUCUCUUUUUAACAAUUACGUGCUCUGAUUGAAAACUGUACUCUGCAUUUUAUAAAAGUUCUAAAGAGACUCCUUACAUCAUUUCGGCAUCUUUUCUCCAAAUUAGAUGGUGACUUCCACUGGAUAGGUUAGCAUAUGUAAUUCCUUGAGAAAAAGAGCUAAUAGUUUGUGUGUAGAAAUAUUUUGUUUAAAAAAUUUCCAUGUCAUUGUUUAAUAAGCAUAUCUACAGUUCAGGUUGUUAGGAGAAAUACUGUUUUGUAAAAAGUGUAAAACUAUAAUAUUUUGCAUAGUUUACCUGUUUAUCCAUGUGUUCAUAGAGGGUAAAAACUGAGCUAGCUAUUUUGGAUUCUUUAUGCAUUAUUCACAUAACUGGCUGAUCAUUAUCUGUGGAAAAUGCAGAUAUCAGCACAUACUCAGGACACUCUUUCAUAGCAAGAAUGAGUAUUCUGUCCAAUUGUUACCUUCUAGGCCAACAUACGUGUUAACUAAACUUUGACAUUUUUAGUUACAAUAGCGUGCAAUAGUUUUCUUAGGGCAGGUGCCUGGUGCGUAUUCUUUAUGGUGCUUGUUUCAGGGACAAGUUACAUUUGGGCAGUGCAUCCAAUUCCCCGCAAACACCACACCCUGAGUACUUGACUUUAUACUGACGACAUGCCUGUGUGCACUAUACUGUAGGUGUUGUGGCUUUAAAUUUGUGGCACAGGAAUGUUCCAAGAGGAGUGUAACCUGCUUCCUCAUCCCACCCCUUGUUUUAUACUAUUGAAGCAAGAGGAUGGUAAGCUAGCAUUCAGGGGCAUCCUAAGGUUGCAGGUGGAUUGUCAUUUCUAAUGAAGGUGAUGUGUCAGAGCCAUUGCUAACUAUGAUGUAGACCAAGGGUAGCCAACAUGGUGCCCUCCAGAUGUUGGAACUCUUAUAAAAUAGUUUUAUGGCUUGUUUAAAUGUAUGUGGUCUCCUAUUUAAAAUGUGUAGUUAAACAUGUUGUUUUUAUUUGUUUUUACUCUUUUAUAUCUUCUGAGAUAU